AUGUCAUCCACGACAAAACCAAUUAGUGCUCCAGGGAUUCGGCCAACAUAUAGCGACUUACAUCCAAAUGGAACGGAUAACGAAUAUUCAACAUUAACAGCUCCUUCAUACGAUUCGUCACAGAAUGCUUGCACAAAAUUUAUAAAGCGAAAUGUCAAUGAUGCAGCUAUGCGAAAUCGCACACAACCAAUUACUGUCGCCGACUUCGACAUACCAGAGCGAAGACUUAUCGUAUUUGGCCUGGAAGAUGGCAAAUGA